CAAUCCCGAGCGGAAGAGCCCAAAGCUGAGGGGGCAGUUAUGACUGGCUGCGGCAAAUGUACUUAGAAAAAGGGUGCAUACUGAAUCUGCAGGCCAGGAAAAGAACCCAAAAAGCAGUGACGUACGUUAUCUUCUGCGUAUUUAUUGGGAAAUUGUGCGUCUCCCUAUUCUAAGUCUUGGAGGAAUUGGACUGGUCCAAUCCGCCGCAGGGAGCAGUGGAGCGCGGCAGUAUAGAGAGUACCCCCAAUAAAGGGAGCGUGGGAAAAGCGUUCGCGGGGAACGCUGGGAAGCUCCCGGCCUCCGCCACCAUCUUGCUUUUCUAUAAUCCGGCAGUGACCGUGGGUCAGAACAAUCUUGAAUCAUGAAGCUACUAACCAGAGCCGGAUCCUUCUCGAGAUUUUAUUCUCUCAAAGUUGCCCCCAAAGUUAAAGCCACAGCUGCGCCUGCAGGAGCACCGCCACAACCUCAGGACCUCGAGUUUACCAAGUUACCAAAUGGUUUGGUGAUUGCUUCUUUGGAAAACUAUGCUCCUGUAUCAAGAAUUGGUUUGUUCAUUAAAGCAGGCAGUAGAUAUGAGGACUCCAACAAUUUAGGAACCACUCAUUUGCUGCGUCUUGCAUCCGGUCUGACGACAAAAGGAGCUUCAUCUUUCAAGAUAACCCGUGGAAUUGAAGCAGUUGGUGGCUUAUUAAGUGUGACUGCAACAAGGGAAAACAUGGCUUACACUGUGGAAUGCCUGCGGGGCGAUGUUGAUAUUCUAAUGGAGUUCCUGCUCAAUGUCACCACAUCACCAGAAUUUCGUCACUGGGAAGUAGGUGAGAUUCAGCCUCAGCUAAAGAUUGACAAGGCUGUGGCCUUUCAGAAUCCACAGACUCAUGUCAUUGAAAAUUUGCAUGCAGCAGCUUACCGGAAUGCCUUGGCUAAUCCCUUGUAUUGUCCUGACUAUAGGAUUGGAAAAGUGACACCAGAGGAGUUACAUUACUUCGUUCAGAACCAUUUCACAAGUGCAAGAAUGGCUUUGAUUGGACUUGGUGUGAGUCAUCCUGUUCUAAAGCAAGUUGCUGAACAGUUUCUCAACAUGAGAGGUGGACUUGGUUUAUCUGGUGCCAAGGCCAAGUACCGUGGAGGCGAAAUCCGAGAACAGAAUGGGGACAGUCUUGUCCAUGCCGCUCUUGUAGCAGAAAGUGCUGCCGCGGGAAGUGCAGAGGCAAAUGCAUUUAGUGUUCUUCAGCAUGUCCUCGGUGCUGGGCCACAUAUCAAGAGGGGCAGCAACACCACCAGCCAUCUGCACCAGGCUGUUACCAAGGCAACUCACCAGCCAUUCGAUACUAGAGUGCCUGACGUGAUCUCGGCUUACUGCAACCUCCGCCUACCAGGUUCAAGCGGUUCUCCUGCCUCAGCCUCCCAAGUUUCUGCAUUUAAUGCCAGUUACUCAGAUUCUGGACUCUUUGGGAUUUAUACUAUCUCCCAGGCCACAGCUGCUGGAGAUGUUAUCAAGGCUGCCUAUAAUCAAGUAAAAACAAUUGCCCAAGGAAACCUUUCCAACACAGAUGUCCAAACUGCCAAGAACAAGCUGAAAGCUGGAUACCUAAUGUCAGUGGAGUCUUCUGAGGGUCUCCUGGAAGAAGUCGGGUCCCAGGCCCUAAUUGCUGGUUCUUACGUGCCACCAUCCACAGUCCUUCAGCAGAUUGAUUCAGUGGCUAACGCUGAUAUCAUAAAUGCGGCAAAGAAGUUUGUUUCUGGCAAAAAGUCGAUGGCAGCAAGUGGAAAUUUGGGACAUACACCUUUUGUUGAUGAGUUGUAAUACUGAAGCACACAUUACAGGAGAGAGCUGAACGUUCUCAGCCCAGAGCAGCAAAUACAUGAAAGUCAGAAGUCUCUAAUAUAACAUUUGUCUUUUUUCCAGUGAAGUAAAAUAAGGCAUAAAUGCAGGUAAUUAUCGCCAGCUGACCUAAAGUCAAUAAAACAUUCUACUUAAGUGUU